AUGUGGGAAUUGUUAAUAGGAUUAGCAUUACUGACAAUUGGUUUCCUAGCACUGACCGUAUGGCUACUGUCCCGAUUGGACUGUGAUCUACAACUGGUCAUCUACUCUAAGUUUGGCCACUCGUUGCACGAUUUGCGCGGUAAGGUUUGCUGGAUUAUCGGUGCCAACAGUAGUAAUGGCGAAGCAUUGGUCUAUAUUUUAGCCACCAAUGGUGUCAAACUAGUACUGUCGGGUACUAACCGGCAGCGACUCGACGAAGUCAAGUCUCGGUGCCAGAGCUUCGGACAGUUAGAUCCAGACUACUGGGUAGAAAAAAACGAGUGGACAGUUAUCGGGAAGCCAUGA